UCCGCCCCGCGUUCGCGCGCUCCGGGGACCCGCAGCCGCCAUGGAGGCCGCGCAGCUGCCCGCGGCGGCGCCGGCGAGGCUGGUGGUGGUGGGCGGCGGCAUCGCGGGCGUCACGUGCGCGGAGCAGCUGGCCGUUAACUUUCCAUCAGAGGAGAUUCUCCUGAUCACAGCUUCUCCUGUCAUUAAAGCAGUUACGAAUUUCAAGCAGGUCUCCAGGCUCCUGGAAGAGUUCGACGUGGAGGAGCAGCCGGGCGCCGCGCUGGAGGAGCGCUUCCCCAACAUCACGGUGGUGGCGUCGGCCGCGAGGCAGCUGAAGGGCCCGGAGCGGAGCGUCGUCACGGAAGAUGGCGGCCGGCACGCGUACAGAAAGCUCUGCCUGUGCGCGGGAGCCAGGCCCAGGCUGAUCGGCGAGGGGAGCCCCUACGUGCUGGGGAUCCGGGACACAGACAGCGCCCAGGAGUUCCAGAAGCGGCUCGCGAAGGCCAAGAGGAUCGUGGUGGUCGGCAACGGCGGGAUCGCCCUGGAGUUGGUGUACGAAGUGGAAGGCUGUGAGGUCAUCUGGGCCAUUAAAGACAAAGCCAUCGGCAAUACGUUCUUCGAUGCUGGGGCCGCAGAAUUCUUGACUUCCAAGCUCAAUUCUGGAAAGGCCGAGGCGCAACUGGUGCAGAAAAGAACUAGAUACACAACGGAAGGCAGGCAGAAGGCAGCCCGCAGCAGAGCGAGCGCCGGUGAGCUGGGCAGCGCCCUAGGACCGGAUUGGCACGAAGGUCUGUCUCUCAAAGGAACGAGGGAGUGUUCCCGGCACGUUCACAUUGAGCCGCUGUGCGAAGUGAAGGCAAUCUACCUGCAGGAGGAGUUUCGAGGUCUGGGGAGAAAGUCCCUGAGUUUCCCCAGAGAUCUUCACGGGCCGACGUCCCCCACGGCAGAGCAAGACCUGUGGCCGGUGUAUGUGGAGCUGACCAAUGAGAAGCUCUACGGCUGUGACUUCAUCAUCAGUGCGACCGGCGUCAUUCCGAACACGCAGCCCUUCCUCCACGGGAACGAGUUUGACCUAGGAGAAGACGGCGGCCUGCGAGUGGAUGAGCACAUGCGCACGUCCCUUCCUGACGUCUACGCCGCCGGCGACAUCUGCUCAGCGUCCUGGAAGCCCAGCCCCGUGUGGCAGCAGAUGAGGCUGUGGACCCAGGCCAGGCAAAUGGGCUGGUACGCGGCCAAGUGCAUGGCUGCGGACCUUCUGGGAGACCCAAUCGACAUGGAUUUCAGCUUUGAGCUCUUUGCACACGUAACAAAAUUCUUCAACUAUAAGGUCGUAUUGUUGGGAAAGUACAACGCGCAGGGCCUGGGCGCAGACCACGAGUUAAUGCUGCGGUGCACGCAGGGGCUGGAGUACGUGAAGGUCGUGCUGCAGGACGGGCGCAUGGUGGGCGCCGUGCUCAUCGGGGAAACGGACUUGGAGGAGACAUUCGAAAACCUAAUCCUAAACCAAAUGGACCUGUCCCGCUACGGAGAAGACCUCCUGGACCCCAACGUUGACAUAGAAGAUUAUUUUGACUAGCAUAGCAUGGGAGUUUCUCGAAGAACCACAGGAAAUGAGUCACUCUGGAGUCCUAAAUGCAGAAGCGACCAUGGUUUUGCUGGAAAACAUGAAGAGAAAGGCAACUGCUUACGAUAAGAUCCGCGUACAUAAUUUAUAGAAAGAUGCUGCGUUCUGAUCGGAAAACACGGGCCACCUACGUGAGGAAAUCCCCAGUCACCCGGUG